CACCCGCCAUCCAUAACCAGCCGCGGCAUCCCUCUUGCUCUCUCGACACUACUCACCAUGGCGAAGAAGCAGCUCACAUACGCCGAGUGCGACGCGCUCAUCACGGCCCCCGGGUCCGAGUUCGAGAUGAUCACCAUCCUCGAGAACGGGCACCAGCAGCGUGUGUGGAAGAAUGCGCCGCCCGACUUUCGCAACUUUUUCGAGGGCGUGAUGCAGAAGUGGGCGGACCGCGUGCUCGUCAACGAGCCUGUGCCCGAGCCCGCCGAGUACGACGCCCGGCAGGACGUGACCUACGGCCAGGCGCUCAAGAACGCGUACGACCUCGCAGCUUGGCUGCGCCAGCAGGGCGUUGGACGUGCGGACCGCGUCGCCAUCGGCGGCCUCAACAGCUCGUACUGGCUCACGGCGUUUGUGGCUAUCAACCUCCUCGGCGGCGUGCCGGUGUGCCUCAACUCGACUCUCGUCCAGGAUGCGCAGAUCCACUGCCUCGGGCUCACCAAGCCCAAGGUCGUGCUGGUGGACAUGAAGGAUGCCCAGAUCCUCUCUCCCGUCCGCGACCAGCUCAAGGCCAAGGGUGUUGGUCCCCUCUACUCGUGGAACGACCUCAGCCACCUCCCUGCCCACCUUACCGCCGGCGUCACGUCGCUUGACUUUAGCAAGCUCAAGGUGGACCAGAAGGUCGUCGCGGAUGUCAAGGCCAAGAAGGGCUGCGCCGUCAAGGGCGAGGACGACGCGCUCAUCCUCUUCACGUCCGGCACGACCAGCCUGCCCAAGGGUGUGCUCAUUACGCAGCGCCAGGGCAUGCAGCACAUACACACAGCAUCUAUCCCCGCGGCCCGCGCCGCCCUCCGUGCCGGCGCGCCCGUAUCCAUGGCGCUCGGCGCCCACGCCCCGCCUCCCGAGCAGCUCAACGUCCUCAUGCCUGUCCCACUGUUCCACGUCACCGGCCUUCUGGCUGUGACGGUGCGCGUCUUCUUUGCGGGCUCCAAGCUCGUCUUCCAGCGCCGCUGGUCCGUCCCUGACGCCGUGAAGCUGUGCAUCGACCAGAAGAUCCACAUGAUCAGCGGUGUGCCCUCGAUCGCGACCGCGAUCCUGCAGUCCGGCCUGCUGCCGAAGGACUUCCAAUUCGCGGCGCUGUCCUACGGCGGUGCGGCGCCCGCGAAGCGUCUGGCCGGAGACGUCCAGAAGCGUUUCCCCGCCGCCUUCAUCAACCACGGGUGGGGCAUGACGGAAGCUGCGGGCCUGCACAUCGCCAUCUCGGGCCAGGACUACAUCGAGCGGCCGGACGCGGUGGGCGUCGCGAUCCCCAUCGGGGCGAUGCGCAUCGUCGACAAGAACAGGAAGGAGGUGCCGCCCAACACGCUCGGCGUGCUACACAUCCGCGGCGGCAACGUCGCGAAGGGAUACCUCGACAACCCGAAGGCCAACGCCGAGGCAUACACCGACGACGGGUGGUUCGACACCGGCGACGUCGGCAUCAUCAACGACGAGGGCAUUCUCUACCUCCGCGACCGCGCAAAAGACAUGAUCAUCCGCGGCGGCGAGAACAUCGCCUCGGCCGAGGUCGAGAACGGCGUCACGCAGGAUCCGCGCAUCGCCGAGGCCGCAGCCGUCCCCGUCCCUGACAACGUGUUGGGCGAGCUCGUCGCUGUCGGUGUGUCGCUGGCGCCUGGCGCCAGCGCCACGCCCGAGAGCAUCAUGGAGGCUGCAGAGAAACGCCUCCGAUACCCCGCCCGGCCCGUGUUCGUCGUCGUGUGGGACGGCGACCUGCCGCACAACGCGAACGGCAAGCUCCUCAAGAACGAGAUCAAGGAGAUCGUCCAGCGCAAGUGGAAGGAGCAGGGCGGGAAGCGCGUGGGCCCCGCCAAGGCGCGGUUGUAAGGUAGCAUUGAGGAAUUCUGCAGUCAUUUGUCC